AUGCCGAGAGAAGGACCACUGAGCGGCAAAACCGCAAUCGUCACCGGAUCUUCCAAGGUCGAUGGUAUUGGGGCCGCAACCGCCAUCGCUCUGGCCCACGAAGGAGCAAACAUUGUAAUCCAUUACAGUGCAUCUGCGGAAGGCGCGAAGAGCGUUGUCGAAAGCGUGCAAGCUAUUGGCGUCGGUGCAGUUGCUGUGCAGGCUGAUGCUAGUAGCCCAGACUUCGGCGAAAGGCUUGUUCAGGGCACUUUAGAUUUCUUCGGGACCUCCACGAUCGAUAUCAUUGUCAACAACGCUGGUACAGCUGCUGUUCAUCCGACUAUCGCCGAUGUCCCUGUCGAAGCGUGGGAUGAUGUCUUCCACACUAACGUUCGAGCCCCUUUUCUCCUGAUCCAGGCUGCUCUUCCAUACGUUCCUUCUGGCGGUCGAAUCAUCAACAUCAGCAGUGUUGUUGCUAAGAUGGGUAACAAAAUGCUUACUGUCUACGGUGCCUCCAAAGCAGCUUUGACUUCGGCAGCGGUCGCUAUGGCCGAAGAGCUUGGUCCCAAGGGCAUUACGAUUAAUGUUGUGGCGCCAGGGCCGAUCACAACGAGCAUGUCCAUGAAAGGUUCCCCAAUCUUUUCCAAGCUUCAAAACAACGCUCAUAUCAAGAGAGAGGGUCGUCCAGAGGAGGUUGCAAAUGCUGUUGUUUGGCUAGCUAGUCCCAAUGCCGGUUACGUUACCGGACAGCUGAUUCCAGUCGAUGGAGGCAUUACCUGGCCUUAG